UAAAUUAUCCGCAUUUAUCGUUGAACGUUGGUUUAAAAAAGUUGUGUUUACGAUACACGUUUCUAAAUAUAUUAUUUUUAAUGUGUCCCUAAGGAUAUACGAAUCCUCGCAGUUAGAGAGCCAAAAGACGUAUAUUCUAGAAGUAUAAUUUAAAAUUCUGCGCGAUGGACGCCAGUAUUCUCGCAACCAUGGACAAAGAGGCACUGAAAAAGCAGAUUGAAAACAUGAAGUACCAGGCCUCCAUGGAACGCUGGCCGCUAUCAAAAAGCAUUGCAGCGAUGCGGGAGUACGUAGAGGAGAAUGAAAAGAAUGAUCCUCUCAUACACGCCCCCGAUAAGAAAAACAACCCUUGGGCCGAAAAAGGGAAAUGUAUCAUCAUGUAAUACCCAUAAGCAAUAAUAAACCCAAAAAAAUUCUAAACUAUAAUGUUUCGCUCGAAUUCGAACUAGUCUGGUUGUAAGCUACUUAUCGGUAAUUUGUUGGAGUGGCCCUGAACGAAUCCAGAUUUAUAGAAUACAUUCCGAAAAGCGUUGAAAAUCUCUGCAACUGCCAGACAAUAUAAGGAUUAAUAGAAAUGUAGCGGUCGUCCUCCGGAACGUAGACAGCCCUAAGGUUAAGUAUCAUUUUAAUCAUAUUAUGUUCACCAGUAUUCUAGUCCUCUAUUGUAAAGAAUGUACAUGACUGUGCGUACGCAAGGUACUUAUGAGUGUUUUGUUAAAAGGAUUAAAAUGGUUGUAAAUACGUUAAAUUUUGUAUUUCUAGAGAUAGACGGUUUGGUCGAAACGAAUAGAAGGAAUCUAUCAGUGAGUGGCGUAAAUUGUAAAUUUGUUAUAACGUAUAUUGACAACCAAUGUUGAUUUAGAGAAUUUAUUUUAUAUAGGAAGCCUUGAAGUAAACUUUAUUUAUUUAACUUUUGAAUCCGCUCGUUUCCACGCAAACCAGCAACUUCCUCUACGAAAUUUGCGUGCAAUCGUUAUGGAUUCUUCUAAGAACCGAAUCGGUUGUCAUCAACGCGGCAAUGCGUUUGAUUUUGAAUUUUCUUCUUCUUCAGAAACUUUGUCAACGCAUAAAUUUAAUCGUAAAAUAAAUAAGAAGAUUCAUUGAGCUCGUGAUUCUUCGUAUUUAAAUGAGAUAUUAUUAAAACAUAAGAUAAUCGCACAUCACAACUUACCAUCUAUUGGCCGAAUCACGGAAUUAAGAAAACUGUUGAGGAAUUUAAAUUAGAAAUCGGCAAUAAGUAGAAGAGUUAAAAGAAAUGUUAAAGUAGUGACGUUAAAUAUUAAUAUAAGGUAACUCAUAUAAAAUGCGACAUAAUAUUAAUCAAAUCAGUUAAUGUUAAGCCGAGUUAGGAUAAUUUUUUAUGAAGACAGGUACAUUCCGCGGUGCCAUUAUUCUAGUAAUGCUUCAAUUACUCUUAGCAUUCUUAUUCCUCUAUUUCUACGUCGAUAAUCUUACAUUUUGAUUUGUAUACCGUAUUAUUUCGAUUUUGACCCCAUCAUUAAAUUAGAUAUAAAUCUAUCAAAUUAUAAAAUCUAGCACUUGAUUAGAUUAGUAUUAAUUCAAAAUUAAAAUUGAAAUAAAUUAACCUAAGUCACGCGUUUACCUACUCACUAAAAACUAUUGUAGUUUCCAAAAUAAACUUCUUCUAAAUUAUAUCUAAGAUAAAUUGGAUUUGACGCACUGAAUCCUUUUGAUUACUCUUGAAUUCAUUCAUCUGCGAUCAAAAGUGUUCCGUAUCUUCGAGUUGUUAACAUUCCAUUUUAAAGGGAGCUAUCCUAACUUUAAAUAAAUAGAGGGCAUAAACUUACGCACUGUAGGCAAAUUAGUUUAAAAUGUAACCUAAACUUUAUAACUAAUAAUAAAUUUCCUUCCUCCUACCAUAUCUAGACAUGAACUAUGAAAAAUCAUUCUGGCUGUGAGUAAUAACCAAUUAUUUAGAUGCUUCAUCGUCAUUAGAGUCAGAAUUGCUAAUAUCGACAAUAAUAUCUAAUACUAAAUAUUGUUUAAACAUCUCCAGACCUCAAGAGGAACUUACGUCAAUUUUUAUAAGUAUUUGGACUGUAUUUUCAUCUGCAAUGCGCUGUUUAUCAUGUUCUUUAUAAUUUGCAUUACAUCUUUCCUCUAGCCCUGUUAUUAUAAGCUUAGUGACUUAGUGAUUAUUCGUAGUUUUAAUUAUAAUUAUGAUAAGAAAGAUCAAAGUUGUUUGUUAACUACGAUAAAAAUUGCAAUUCAGAGAAUUAGCCCUAAUAAAAACGAAUGCGUUUGUUUAAAUGUAGCUAAUAAAUUAGUGUAUGCGUA